AUGGGGCAGGCCUAUCCUGGCCCACCGCUGGUCGCAGGCCCUUCCACCCCCUGCUUCGGUCAGGGACAGGCAGCCUCUCCAUGGCCUCCCGCUGAUCAAGCCCCUCCCCCUGCUUCAAGCUGGGAUGGGAGGACGAGGCCAGCCUCUCCUGUCCACCGCCGGUCAAGCCCUUCCCCUGCUUCGCAGGGACAGGCCAGCCCUUCCUGGUCUCCUCCGCUGAUCAAGCCCCUCCCCCAUGCGUUCAGCUGGCUGAAAUGGGUAGCCUGCUCCUGGACACUCGCCGUUCGAACCCCUGCCCCCUGUUUCGGAUGGGACGAGCAGCCUCUCCUGGCCCACCGGCGGUCGAGCUCUUCCCCCUGCUUCAGUUCAGGGGCAUGGGCCCAAGCCCUCUCCUGGCCACCACCAGUCAAAGGCACCCUUUCCCCAUGCUUAAGCUGGGACGGGCAGCCAUCUCCUAGCCAACCGCCAGUUCAAGCCCUUCACCCUGCUUCAGCGGGGAACUGGCAGCCCUCUCCAGGCCUCCUUCGAUCAAGCCACCCUUCCUCCUGCUUCACCUUCUCGCCCAUGGGCCACUUGCCAGUCGGCCCUUCCCCCUGCUUCAGUGAGGACGAGCAGCCUCCGUUCUCCUGGCCACCGCCGGUCAAGCCCCUUCCCCCUGCUUUCGGCAGGGACAGGCAGGCCCUUCUGGUGGCCCUCCGCUGGAUCAAGCCCUCCCCCAUGCUUUCAGCUGGGACGGGCAGAUCCUCCUUAGCCCACCCCGCCAGUUCGAGACUGUUUCCCCCUGCUUCAUGCUGGGAAUGGGCAGCCUCUCCUGGCCACCGCUGGUUCGAGCCCUUCCCCAUGCUUCGGCAGGGAACAGGCAGCCUCGACCUGGACCUUCCCGCCCUGAUCCAAAGGGGACUGGCAGCCUCUCCAGGCCUCCUUUCGAUCAAGCCCUUCCUCCUGCUUUCACCUCUAUCCAGGCCCACUGCCAGCUCCGGGGCCCUUAGCCCCUGCUUCAGUGAGGACGAGCAGCCUCUCCUGGCCACCGCCGGUCAAGCCCUUCCACCCCUGCUUCGGCAGGGACAAGGCAGCCCUUCCUGGCCUCCGCUGAUCAAGCCCCUCCCCCCCCCUGCUUCAGCUGGGGACUGGGCAGCCCUCUCCUAG